AUGGCAAAGAAUCAGAAAUCAACUCUUGAAAAAGCCCAGGAGUAUAAAAAAUAUUUAGAGGAGUUAGAAGAUCCUAAUUACCAAGGUGGCUCUUGGUCCUUGCCGCAAAAUCCUACUCCAUUGGAGCAAGCUAAAUAUGAAAUCUGUAAACAAGUAGUAAGUUAUAAGUUAGAUACAGAACUUAGCACCGAAGCAGUAGCCAAGAAAAUUCAAUUAAGCAAGGCCGAAACGGAAGAUAUUUUAUACUAUCGGAUUGAUUACUUUACCCUUGAUAGACUAGUUUUUUACGCUUCCCGUUUAUUUCAGCCACUAAGGGUAAAAAUGGUUAUGACUACCGAAAGGACUGAUGAACGCUUGCAAGCCAGCCUGAGAGAAGUCAAAAAAAUUGUGCAAAAAGAGUCUAGUGAACUAACCUCAAGUGAUUGGGGAGAUUUACAACACGAAAUGAAAUUCCUCCAAGAGAGACUUGGGGACGAAGAUAAUUACGAGAAGUUAGAAGAAUUGACCAAUAAGUGGUGGACAAAGAAGGCUAAUAAACGAGCGGAGAAAGAAGGAGUAAAUAAUAAUCUGCUGGAAACAGAAGGGAUAACAGCCAGCAUUAAAGGUUUCGAAGCCGCCGAAGGAUUAAUUAGCGAUGGUUUUUGGAGGGCUUUUACUGAAUUGUUAAAAAGCAAUCGUCAGCAAUAUAGUCAGGAAACUAUUACUGCUCUCGAUCGGUGA